CGGAGGGAGGGUUCUUCGCUGGCUGAGUUCCCUUCCAGGGCAGAUAUUAAAUACACCACAAGCUCCCCCAGGGCGAGGGGCAUUGGCCAAGGGAUGACGGGCAUGUUGAGGAUGUUGCUGAGGAGAUCCUGGCCAUGCACACUGUGUUCUUAUAAAAAGACUGAACCUUUCCUAAAGUACUUCACCUCUACACCUGACAAACAGCAGCCUGAAGGCGAGAAUGACAUGACUGUGCGAAACCUCUGCAGGUUAUCAGUUGACAUCAGGAAAAUCCGAAGAGUAAAGGGAUGGGUGCUUUUCAAGGAGGAAACUUACGUUGAAGAAAUUGCCGAUAUUUUACAGAAAAUCGGCACCAGUGAAACUGCGAUAGCUCGCAUCUUGGAACGCUGUCCAGAAGCCAUCCUUUGUUAUCCAACGGCAGUUAAUGCCCAGAUAGACCUGUGGCAGUCUGUCUGCCAAAAUAAGAACGAGGUAAUGGCAUUAAUAGAACAGUUUCCAGAAUCUUUCUUUAUUGUUAAAGACCAGGAAAAUCAGAAGCUUAAUGUUAAAUUUUUUCAAGAAUUGGGACUCAAGAAUGUGAUCAUUAGUCGGUUCUUGACAACUGCACCCAAUAUUUUUUGUAAUUCUAUAGAGAAGAAUAAACAAACGAUCAAGAUGUUACAGGAAAGUUACUUGAAUUUAGGGGGCUCCCAAGCCAACAUGAAAGUCUGGCUACUAAAACUGUUGAGUCAAGACCCAUUUAUUUUGUUGAAUUCUUCCACUCCUGUAAAGGAAACAUUGGAAUUUCUCCAGAAACAAGGCUUCACAGACUUGGAAGUUCUCCAACUUUUAUCCAAACUCAAAGGAUUUCUUUUUCAGCUCUCCCCUACUAGCUUACAAGAAAGCAUCUUUUUUGCUAAGAACACUUUUAAAUACACCGAUCAGGAGCUGAAGGAACUGAUUUUAAAAUGCCCUGCCCUUUUGUACUACACUGUCCCAAUUCUAGAAGAACGAAUUCAGACUCUGUUGAAAGAAGGGGUUUCUAUAUCUCAAAUAAGAGAGAUACCAAUGGUACUUGAGUUAACACCACAAAUUGUACAGUAUAGAAUUAGAAAACUAAAUGCUUUGGGAUAUAGCAUAAGGAAUGGAAAUCUAGAAAAUUUAAAUGGAACCAAAAAAGAGUUUGAGUCCAACUUUGGUAAGAUACAAGCGAAAAAACAAAGACCAUUAUUUAAUCCUGUAGCACCCUUAAAUGUUGAAGAUUAACAUAAGGUCAUUAGGCUGCCUCUGUACAACUGUGUAGAAGAGUAAACAAGGCCAGCAGUGUAGUGGCUGGGACUCUGGAUCCUCCCUACACACAUUUUGUAGUCCUGGCUGAGCAUCUGAGUCGUGAGCUGUUACUCUCUUAACUAGGCUCUCCACCACAUCAUUGGCUAAUAUUCUGGACUUUGUGAUACAUCAUGCUUUUGUGAUGAAAUAUUUAAUGGUGAAAUGUAAAUAUGUGUAUAAAACCUUUUGAGCCACAUUUCAAUAAAAGUUAAUAUGAUACUCA